AUGCUGGGACCGUUCGCGCUAACGAGAUCCAUCCUCAAGGCUUUCCGGGAAGACAAACGAGACGUGACUCUCUGGCGCCGAUUCGCGAGCCGCGCUCGGGUCCUUCUGCCGUCGCUCCCUCCGUCUUCACUCGUUCCGGUUUUGGGCACCUUCGCAACGUUGGGUUACCGGGAUCGAGAGCUUCUGGUGGGGGCCGCCGAGGCGCUUAUUCCGCAACUUUCCCUCUGCACAGGGAAGGAAGUGUGCCGGGUGACUCACCAUUUCGCCCAACUUUUGACUCGACACGAUCUUCUCUUUUCUGUGUGUGCUCGCGAACUGGCACGACGCGCUCACGAGCUUCGUCCGAACGAAGUUGCCCGGGUCCUUCAUUCCUAUGCCCGUCUGGGCUACUUCCAUCCGCAUCUCUUUGCUGUCCUCCGUCGCCGGGUUUUCGAAAUAUCGAAACGUCUCGAGCCUGGAGCGCUUGUCUUGGUUCUAUCUGCGGCUGGGAGACUGAGACUUCGGGAUGAAAAGCUGAUGGCGGUCUUGGCAGCAGAAAUCUGCCGACGUAUCGCUGAUGUAAAUGUGAAAGGGCUCGCUGUUGUUGCGAAUGUGUACGCGGAAAUGGGCGUGGAGAAUUCGUUCCUGUUGGAAAUCUUGGCGGACGAGGCAUUCCGGAAGCGUCACGAAAGACGGCCGCAGGAUGCGGCGCUCCUUCUGCGGGCUUUAGGAAGACUGGGGCGGGGUUGCUUGGCCAGCAAGAGGCAGAGAGCUCUUGUUGACGACUUAACGUGGGAUCUGCCGAGACACAUCAAGAAGUUUUCUCUGGAGCAGGUUUCCAUGACUGUUGCGGCUCUGUCGCGUCUUUGGGGAGACGCUGCGCCGGCAACCACGCCGGUGCUGGGGAACGAACAGGCCAGUCGCACAGACCUGUUGGAAGCCCUGGGUGACCGGGUGGGGGAGUUGGCUACCGACCUGACUCCGCAGAGUGCGGCCGCUCUCAUAUUUGCCUAUGCAAAGCUUGGGUACCGCCACGGUCCCCUUCUCUACCAUAUUCCGGAGCAUGUGGAACGCUUCCUUCCGGGGUAUAGUAUUGAUCAGCUGGCGAAGGUGUGCUUCGCGUACUCCAAACUGCAGGUGCCUAACGCUCCCGUUUUGCACCUGACUCUCCAGCGUCUUCCAGAACUUCUUCGGGGAGGAUGCGAAAAGCGAGACAAAUCAGGAAAAAAAGACCACACCGGAUGCGAGACCGAGCAGCCGCUACCUAUGCCUGCAAAUGUUGGUGCGCUCGACCAACAGCCACCAAGAGCGAAGUGCGACGAAAGGGGGAAGCAGCAGACCCCCAGCGAGCCGUCAGUCUGUAACCUGGACGACACGGAAACGUGUAGACCGGGAGCAAACGGGGGUCAGACGGGCGGGCAUGUGUUCGAGCCUGGCCAUACACAGGGUCCGAGGCGGAAGAGUCAGUCGCGUCUUGUCCGGCUCUAUGCAGGGGAUAUCUCGGGUUCUGCUUCACCUUCCGCCCCUGCAUCCGCCUCAACUGCACUUCACAGAAAUGGAGGCCACGCCGGCAGACCAGCGGAUCCUGGGCAAGCACCAGCAUCAGAGACUGGCGACGUCGACGCGGAGACGAGGUUGCCAGGUGGUUUAUCACUCUCCUUUAGUAAAGCCUUGUUCAAGGUUGGCCCAGAUGGAAUGCCCGAACAAACAGCGCUCACACUUAUCGGAGACCACUUGGCUGAUCGAGCGGGAGAAAUGCCAGCUUUUUCUGUUGUUACGGUCGUCGACCUCUUCGCUUCCAUCGGUUUCCUACAUCGGCCUCUCAUGGAGAAAGUUCGACUGGAGCUUCGGGACCCGCGCGAGGAAGUCAGUUUCACCCAAGACCAACUACGUUGCCUGUUUGACGCCCUCCAUCAUCGACUGCAGCUUUCGCCUUCCGAGUUUGGCGUGUGGCGUGUGCCACGCUCUGCCGUGACGGUGGAGGCUCCGGUAUCGUCGAAGAUGGAAAUACUCACGUCGGCGCUGCUGCGCGCCUCCGCUCAUCUUGAUACAAGUGGCAGCUGUAGCAUGACAUACGCACUGGCUGAGCGUCCUGCAAGCGGUCAGGAAAGCCCGACGGACCCGCUGGAACACGAACGACCAGCAACACACGAUUCAGGACUUGACACCUGGUUCUACUUGCACGUCCCAGCAUAUUUGGAAAAGCUUCUUCAGCCAGAAGUUCAACAAGCGAUAGCUUCCGUUGCUGAAGACUCUGAAGCACUCGAAGCGGAACUCAGGUCGUUUGACUUCCCUGUUGCACACACUAGAGAGUUCAGUGGCGACCCAACGCUACAUCCGGUAUAG